GUCGCGGAUGAUCGUGUCGUCGUCGUUAGACCGCGCGGAGAGACGUGUUUCGUGUAGAGUUGUGUAGAGAUUUCCAAGUGACGAGGGGCUACCCGAUUGUUGUUGUUUUGGUCAAGUGGGUGUGUGUGCGUUGUGAUCUAGUGUUGGUGCGGCGUGUCUUGGCUAGUGACAAACUACAAUAGGAUCCAGUGUGUUCCGGAUCUGGUCCAAACCCCUCUCUCUCUUUCUUCGACACGAUGAACGGCGGCAUCCAUCAGGAUUCGCUGGCGACGACCUUGGAUGACAUGAAGGCGUUGGCGAGGAAAGAUCCCCUCCUGGCCAAGAUAGCCAACAACAAUGUGACACUGAUCAACAACAACAGUGUCAACAGCUCCGGUAGUGGUGGAUCGAGGAAAGGACUAAACAACAACAGUGGCGGUGGGACGAUUGUUUUUGCUGGAUCGGCGGCGACGACUGCGUCGGCGUCGGUUGAGGACAACAAGGUUGGCGCCAAUGAUAAGGAGAAGCUGACCAAAGCGGUGAUGAAGGUGUUUGAGGAGUACAAGUGGACUCCGCCCACUAACGUGGUCAAAUCGCCGACAGAUAAGAAGAAAAAUCACAUCAAACGGCCGAUGAACGCGUUCAUGGUCUGGGCCCAGGCCGCCCGCCGGGAAAUGUCCAAACAGGAGCCCAAGCUGCAAAACUCCGAGAUCAGCAAGGAUUUGGGCAAGAUGUGGAAAAACCUCGCCGCCGAAGACAAGCUCCCAUUCAUCGAACAGGCGGAGAAGCUGCGCAUGACGCACAAGAGCCAGCACCCGGACUACAAGUACCAGCCGCGGCGGAAAAAGUCCAAAAAGUUUGGCAAACACGGCAAACACUGCUGCGACGAGGACUGCGAGGAGUCCGCCACGGGGGGAAGUCCGCCCCCGCCGGCGGCCCCGCCCAAGCCACGUGCCAAGAAGGCGAAGGCCAAGGGGAAGGCGGUGACGGCGGCGGCGUCGGGAGUUGUUGGGAUAUCGGGGGGUUACGAGUCGUACGGGACGCCGCAGGUCGUCAAGACUAGUGACCUGUUGACGCCCAGCUCGUCGACCUCCUCCGUGGAGCAAUAUCCGACGAGUUACAGCGUAAAGGUUGGAAGCGCUGAGCUGAUGAACCGGUACUACGGGGUCAUGUCCUGCGAGAUGGAGUCCCCGUGCAGUCCGCAGAGUCCCAGCGCCGUGUCGAUGCAUUCCUCGACGGAGGGUCAACCGUUGACUCCGCCGACCACGCCGUACACCGGCCUGGCCAACGUCAAGUCCUUCUCGCCACAUUCCCGGCUCUCGAGCAACGAUUCCCCGGUCGGCGGAUACUUCACCAGCCGUAACGACUACGUCAACAACGGAGCAGCCCUCGAUUACCACCGCCCGGACCAGUGGUCCUACUCCCCGAGUCCACUCACAACGACCUCAUCCGCUUUCACCACAACCCAAUCCACCAACAAGGACUUCUACCGCACCUUCCCCAACCAACUCCACCCCCAAUCCCACGACCCCGGAAGCUACCUCUCCACCGCCCCCCUCCAACCAACCCUCUGCUCCUCCCCGAACCUCCCCCCAGACUUUGCCACCAUCACCCCACUCCCAUCCCAAAGCUACCUAAUCUCCCCCCUGGACCAGGACCAGGUCGACAUCGAGCAGUACCUGGACAGUCAGGCCACCCACAAAAAGCACCACGCCCAACUCCCGGAAGCCCCCUACCACCACCAUCCAACCUCACCAAGCUCCAUGGAAACGCAACAACAACUGGUCGACCCCACCCCGAUGGGCUUGUACUACGAGGGGCAGCAGCAGCACCAGGUUGCUUCGACCUCGACGGCGGCUUCGCCGCAGCACCACUCGCAUCUCCACCAUCACCAUCAUUUGCACCCGGCGUUGGCGGCGCACCAUCAUCAUCAUCACUUGGCGGCGUCAGCGACGACUUCGUCGUCGUCGUCGUAUUAUGGUGGAUGGAAUGCGGCGGGAGGGUAUGGGGGGAGUUCGUAGUGGCGAGGGGUUAGUUGAUAAGUUGUAGGUGAAUUAGUUGUGUUAAAUCUAUUUUCUCUACUUAUAUUAAGAACAUUAUUUUUAAGUUAU